AUGGAGAUUGAUCCCGAACUUUACGGCUUGCGGCGAUCUACUAGGCAGAAGCUCCAAAAAGUCAACUAUAAGCAAACAUCAUCUUCGGAAGAUGAUUUGCAAACUGACUUUGACUCGGAAAUCGAGUCUAAAAAGCACAAGAAAAACGGAAGGAGAGUCCAAAUCUCUCGUAAAAAAAGAGGCGUCGAAACUGGCUCUUGGUCAGAGGCGGAAGAAUCUCAAAAUUCUUCCGAUGAGAUCUCAGACUUGUCAGGAGACAGCGACGAUUCCGAUUUUGUAAAAAGCAAAAAAGCAAAGGCUAGGCGACGACCUAAUAAUCUAAAAUACACACGAUCCAAUGGAAAUGAUGAAGAUGCUUGGGGAGCGUCGUCGAGUACUGCAGUAAUAACAAGACGAAGAAAUAAUACCUCAGCAAAUGCAUACGACGACUCUGACUCCUCAAGAAACAGAUAUUCUCGACGGAAAAGGACUGUUACAAACUAUAGCGAAGAUCUUAUUGACAAACAAUUAAGGGAAUACGAGGAAGAAGACGAGCAAUACGCAGAAAGUACUCCCAAUGUGGAAGAAGAAACUCCAUCAUAUCAGAUUGAUCUUAUUGCAGACUUCAGACGCAUGGAAGAUUCCGAUCCAAAUGAACCUGACGAUCCAAAGACCAACAUGUUAUACAUGAUAAAAUGGACAGGAUUCAGUCAUCUUCAUAACACAUGGGAGACUUACGAAGAUCUAAAAGGCAUCAAAGGAUUUAAGAAGCUCGAGAACUAUAUCAAGAAGGCGCAGGAGGGUCUAAUACAACAUCUCGAAGGCACACAUGAGGAAUACACCACAGUUGAACGUAUUGUCGCACAGAAAACUGGCAAUAACCCCACAGAUGAUGAGUCAGGACAUACACAAACACAUUACUUUUGCAAAUUUAAAGGUCUGUCUUAUCUCGACUGUACCUGGGAGAAUGGCGAACGUAUUGAGGAAAAAUUUCAAGCGGAGAUCGAUGCUUUCAAUGAAAGAUCCAACAGUCGUAAACUUCCGAACUUGAGCACAAAAUACAGUAGAGAAAAUCGACCUAGAUUCAAACUAUUGUCCUCCCAACCGUCUUACUUAACUGGCGGUGAUCUACGAGAUUUUCAGCUGACAGGCCUCAAUUGGCUAGCACAUUUAUGGUCUAAAAAUCAAAAUGGAAUUUUGGCUGACGAGAUGGGUCUCGGAAAAACUGUACAGACAAUUUCCUUCUUAUCAUAUCUCUUUCACCAACACAAUCAAUUUGGUCCUUUCCUAGUUGUCGUUCCUUUAUCUACAAUCGGAUCCUGGCAACAAGAGUUCGAGACAUGGGCACCAGAACUAAAUGUCGUUUGCUAUAUUGGCCCUGGAAAGGCGCGGGAGGUUAUUAGAGAACAUGAAUUCUUUAUUCCAGCGUCGAAAUCAAGGAUAAAGUUCAAUGUACUUCUCACCACAUACGAAUUUGUAUUAAAAGAUCGAGAAGUACUUGGGAAUAUCAAAUGGCAAUAUCUUGCAGUAGAUGAAGCACAUCGAUUAAAGAACAGCGAAUCUCAACUUCAUGAGGUUCUUGCAUCAUUUAAUACAUCGAAUCGACUAUUAAUCACUGGGACUCCACUACAAAAUUCAUUAAAAGAACUAUACGCACUGCUCAAAUUUUUGAUGCCUAAUUUUGACAAAGAAGACGAUAUUGAUCUUGAAUCCCCCGAUGCAGAACAAGAAGAGAAGAUACGAGAGCUUCACAAGCAGCUUGAACCUUAUAUGCUUCGACGCUUAAAAAAGGAUGUCGAGAAAUCACUACCACAGAAAACAGAACGCAUUCUACGGGUUGGCUUAUCUCCUCUUCAACUACAUCUAUAUAAACACAUAUAUACACGUGACUUUGAAGUAUUAAAUAAAGGAAUUACCGGAUCAAAUCAAAUGACCCUACUUAAUAUCACGGCCGAGUUAAAGAAAGCUAGUAAUCACCCGUACUUACUACCCGGUAACGAGCCUCAUUCAACGGUGACAGAAGAACAAUUGCGCGGCCUAAUCAUGAAUAGUGGAAAGAUGGUGUUAUUGGAUAAAUUGUUGACGAGAUUACGCGAAUCAAAUCAUCGCGUGCUGAUUUUUUCGCAAAUGGUUCGGCUACUGGAUAUUUUGAAUGACUAUCUUGUACUUAAAGGAUAUCCCUAUCAACGGUUAGACGGUGGAGUUUCUUCAUAUGCUCGUAAACGGGCUAUUGAACAUUUCAAUGCACCAGACUCGCAGGAUUUUGUAUUUCUACUUUCAACUCGAGCUGGUGGAUUGGGUAUUAAUCUUAGCACGGCAGAUACUGUGAUUAUAUUCGACUCCGACUGGAACCCUCAAGCUGAUAUGCAAGCAAUGGCACGCGCUCAUCGUAUUGGACAAAAAAAUCACGUUAAUGUUUAUCGAUUCGUCUCAAAAGAUACAAUAGAAGAAAGCAUUUUGGAAAGCGCUAAGCGCAAAAUGGUGCUCGAAUAUUGUAUCAUAAAACAGAUGGACACUUCAGGGUUAGGCUUUCUUCCAAAAAAUAAGAAGGAACAAACCACUAAUACCAGUUCAAAUAAGCCCCUAACGCGAGAAGAAUUACAUGCAGUUUUGAAAUUCGGCGCGCAAAAUAUGUUCAAAGAGACCGAGAAUCAAAAGAAACUCGAUGACAUGGACCUGGACGAGAUACUUGCUCGUGCUGAAACUCAUGAUACAAUAGGUGCUCAGUCAGGAAGUAGUUAUGGUGGUGAAGAAUUUCUAAAACAAUUUAGGAUAGCAGAUUAUGAUGGUGGUGACCUGAAUUGGGAUGAAAUAAUACCAGAACAUGAACGACAAAAAUUCCUUAAUGGUGGUCAGAACGACGAUGAUAAAGACUAUUCUGCUGAAGAUGAAUAUCAGUCCAAAUCUGGACUCAAAAGAUCUGCAGUUAAUAACUUGACUAAUGGAAAGGGUAAAGGAAAACUAGUACUCAAGCAAAAAGGAAAUAAAAAGCAAAAGUCUUCCGAAUCAUCGGCAGGGUCAAAGAAGAAACCGAUAGCCCAUCGUGAUCUGACUGUUAAAGAGGCACGUGCUCUAAUAAGAGGUAUAAUGAAAUUUGGAGACAUGCAUAUACGGUACGACGAAGUGGUCCGGGAAGCUGACCUCACCUAUAAGGACAAGGAGAUGCUAUUGACCUGCUAUGACGAUAUAUAUUGGGUAUGUGAACAAGCAAUGAGAAACACUGAAAUACGUGGUAAUGGAAAUGUCGAAAGCUCCAAUGGAGCGAAUAAGAACAUAAUAAAAGGAAAAGUAACACACGUGUCAUGGAGUGGAGUAGACAAAAUUAAUGCUGGUCAAUUGGUACAACGGGUCAGUGACUUAAAGUGCCUUCACGACCACAUAUCUGUCUUGUCUUCACCAGAAAAAUUCAGGUUUAACAUUAGUCUAAAACCUGUAAAUAACUGGUCGUCACCGUGGAGUGAUAAAGAAGACGCGAUGCUGCUUGCUGGUGUUUACAAACAUGGAUUUGGUAGCUGGAGAUCGAUCAAAGAAGACUCGAAUUUAAGUCUUUCUCGAAAACUUAGCGAUGAAGAUCAUGACGACGAUGCGCCAUCAUCCGCUAAACAGACUGCGAAGGUGGUUCGCCGAACUGAAUAUUUAUUGAAAGCUUUACGUGAUCAAGAUAUUGAGGAGCCUACAAGAAAAGCUAAGCGAUCAAAGCAUCGUCAUAAUAAAGAUGAAGAUGAAGCCACGCAAUCUACGUCAUCACCUUUACGAUCUAAAAGACUAAAGAGUAGCAAGACUUUCGAGCAUCGCGAAGAAGAAGCAGAUGAACUUGGUCCCAUUGAUCGUGAAUGCAAAGAACAUUUACGUCCAGUUAAGAGGCAACUACAGGCCCUAAAAAAUGAGUCUGGCCAACUCAAAGAUAAAGACAAGAAAGUAAAAUUAAUAAAGGCAUCGCUUCUGCAGAUCGGGGCAAGGAUCAAAACGGUUCUCGACACCAAACCUGCCGGACAACAGGAUGAGAUGCACGAAGCACUUUGGCACUUCGUCACCUACUUCUGGCCAAAGGAAAUUGAAGCAGCCAAAUUGAUUGCUCUCUAUGCGAAGCUUGAAGCUUCGGAAGCCGCUGGAGACGAUCAAAAAUAA